UUCUGUUCCUCUCCCGCCUCUCGACACCAUGAUACGCCAGUUCAGCUCCAAAUCGAGCUACCAGAGCGGUGGCGGCGGUGGCGGCUUCAGCUCCGGUUCGGCCGGGGUGGGAGGGAGUCGCCGGGUGACCAGUAGUUCCAGCAGCGUGCGCCGUAGCACCGGAGGGAGAUACGGAGGCGGUGGUGGCUUCUGCAGGGGAGGAGCCGGUGGCGGCGGAGGUGGCUUCGGCAGCCGGAGCCUCGUCAGCCUCGGGGGAAGCAAAAGCAUCUCCAUGAGCGUGGCCGCAGGAGGAGGCCACUUCGGUGGCUUCGGAGGCGGUGGCUUCGGAGGAGGUGGCUUCGGAGGCGGUGGCUUCGGAGGCGGUGGCUUCGGAGGAGGUGGCUUCGGAGGCGGCGGAUUCGGCGGCAGGGGUGGCUUUGGCGGCCCCGGAGGCGGCUUCGGCCCCGUCUGCCCCCCCGGCGGCAUCCAAGAGGUGCAGAUCAACCAGAGCCUCCUGCAGCCGCUCAAUGUGGAGAUCGACCCCGAGAUCCAGAAGGUGAAGACGCAGGAGCGCGAGCAGAUCAAGACCCUCAACAACAAGUUCGCCACCUUCAUCGACAAGGUGCGGUUCCUGGAGCAGCAGAACAAGGUGCUGGAGACAAAAUGGGAGCUGCUGCAGCAGGUAAACACGACAACACGGACCAACAACCUGGAUCCCAUCUUCGAGGCCUACAUCAGCUCCCUGCGCCACCAGAUAGACACCAUCAAGAGUGACCGCAGCCGGCUGGACUCGGAGCUGAAGAACAUGCAGGACUUGGUGGAAGACUACCGAGCCAAGUACGAGGAUGAGAUCAACAAGCGCACAGCUGCCGAGAAUGAGUUCGUGACGAUCAAGAAGGAUGUGGAUGCGGCCUACAUGACCAAGGUGGACCUGCAAGCCAAGGUGGACUCCCUGGUGCAGGAGAUCAAUUUCUACAAAGUCCUGUUUGAUGCGGAGUUGUCCCAGAUGCAGACCCACAUCAGCGACACCAAUGUCAUCCUGUCCAUGGACAACAACCGUAGCCUGGACCUGGACAGCAUCAUCUCCGAGGUCAAGGCCCAGUACGAGGAGAUCGCCCAGCGCAGCAAGGCUGAGGCCGAGGCCUUGUACCAGCACAAGUACCAGGAGCUCCAGGUGACUGCCGGAAGACACGGAGACAGUUUAAAAAACACCAAGACAGAGAUUUCUGAGCUGAACCGGAUGAUCCAGAGAAUUCGGGCUGAAAUCGAGAAUGUGAAAAAGCAGAUCGCCAGCCUGCAACAAGCCAUCGCCGACGCGGAGCAGCGCGGCGAGGCGGCGCUGAAGGAUGCCCAGGGCAAGCUCCAGGAGCUGGAGGAAGUCCUGCAGAAGACCAAGGAAGAGCUAGCCCGGCUGCUGAAGGAUUACCAGGAGCUGAUGAACGUCAAGCUGGCGCUGGACGUGGAGAUCGCUACCUACAGGAAGCUGCUGGAGGGCGAGGAGUGCAGGAUGUCCGGAGACUUUCAGGACAACGUGAGCAUCUCCGUGGUGAACAGCACCGUCUCCAUGUCCGGGGGCGGAGGAGGCGGCUUCGGCCGGGGAGGCGGCGGAGGCGGCUACGGCUCCGGGGGAGGCGGCGGCUACGGCUCCGGAGGCGGCGGCUACGGCUCCGGGGGCGGCGGCUACGGCUCCAGUGGAGGCGGCUACGGCUCCGGGGGCGGCGGCUACGGCUCCGGUGGAGGCGGCUACGGCUCCGGCGGCGGCGGCAGCGGCGGUGGCCUCGGCGGCGGCCGGGGCUCCGGUUCCGGGGGCGGCGGGGGCUUCGGCGGCGGCUCCGGCGGGGGGAGCAAGACCUCCGGGGGCGGCGGCGGCGGGAGCAGCAGUGUCAAGUUCUCGUCCAGCACGUCUUCGACCAAAAGGGUCAUAAGAUAAAGCCGGAGCCCCCCUCGUCCCUCCACACUCCCUCCCUCCUGGAAAGAAACCCGGCUUCCCUCCCCGCCUGCCCACAGAGUCCCGGGGGGAGGGGGGGGGGUCCCCUUAGGUCCCCUAAACCCACCCUCUCUGUCCUCCCGGACCCUUCCUUGCUCCCGCAGCCCCCGUCCUCCUGUGCCUUUCGGUGCCAUUUCGCACGACCCGCCCCCACUUCUGCAGAGGCGGUAUAUGGGGGAGCGACCUUUUUUUUUUUUUCCUCUUCGGAAUCAGAACCCUACUGCGGGUUUAGAGGGGUCUCCCGGGUCCUCCUUCACCCCUAGAAAGUCCCCCCAACAGGCCCGGAGAGCCCCUCGCCUCUGUCCCGCUCCCGCCUCUCGACCAGGCCCGCAAGGCCCCGCUGGUUUUGUUUGUGUAUAUAGAAAACCCCCGGGUGGCUUGUCUUCCUGGAGCUCUCGGUUUCUGGUUCUACCUGCAAUAAAGCACAUCUGAAAUUCA